AUGGCGUUCUUUUUCAGGACCGUUGACAACGGAAUCAAAUUGUCAUCGUUGUUGUCUAUCCCCGAUGUCACCGACGUCCAUACUAUGAACAAGAUCACCUCUGACGAGCUCAAUCGUCUGGUCACUCACGAGGGUUCACCAAAGGCCUCGCAACCGCUGGGACACCUGCUCUCCAAAAUAUUUCAGUCUUUCACGGUUCCUCUUCCCGAUGUAUUCAGCCUUAAAAUCCCAUUCGGAAAAAUCCUUUAUCGCAACCAACGCAUCAACGAGAAAUUCAGCGGGACAUCGCCCGAUACUCUUGUGCCACUGUACGAUACUGAAGCGAAGGCUUGGAACUGGGCCCUUCCAGUUGACCCUCCUAAAAAUGCCAGUAGUAGUCGUUCGGGCGCAGACUCAGAGGGCGAGUCAGAGGGCGAGUCAGAGGGCGAGUCAGAGGGCGAGUCAGAGGGUGAUGAUAUGCAGAAAGCAACUCACGAAGAAAUCUUUGCUGCGUUUCUCAAUGCUCUGGCUGGCUGCUUGGCAGCGUCGCAGCCCAAACUAGUAGAAAUGCGCUUUGCAACCAGCACAUGGAGCGCAGCCAGUGCACAGAAGGCAUUACCUGGCAGCGACAUCAAGCGCAAGCCAGAUCUCGUUCUAUCUGACGAUAUAUCGGCAAAGUGGGGGAACAUCAGGGUAUCAGCCGAACUCACUCACAGUCGAUACCGGCCUGCGAUGCGACUCGGGAAGGCUGCAGAUACUCAUGCCUAUAUUAUGAUGAGUGAACAGCCAUGGAGGCGCUUUGCUCUCAUAUUAUCAUUCACAGAUGAAUAUCGCCACCUUAGAGUCCUAAUGUAUGAUCACUCUGGUGGCGCCGUGUCUCCUCGCUUCGAUAUUUACCAACAACCGGACAUAUUUUCACAUAUAAUCGCUGCCAUCAAUUUCGGGAGUCUAGAGUGCGUCGGCUAUGAUCCGACAGUCUCAUUCUCAAAGAUUGUUUCACCACCCCGAUUCAAAGAUAUCAACUGCUAUCGUCCCAUUAGAAACGCUCCUGCCCGACCAAGUACGACGGACUGUACUGUUGCCGUAUCCACUUCCUCCCUUCCAUUUCCCGAGGAUCCUGAUGGAGUGUCGUCCAGUGAUGCCCUUGAAUCAGUAGUCGCUAGUGACUCUAGUGACUCUGACUCGACGGAAGAAGGUCCGAGCGGUUCCGCUACACAUUACUCGAUGGACGAAGAGCAUUUCCCACCCCCCUCCCUCCCAGUGCACCCCACUGCAACCCGUAGUGCUCCCCUUCUCAGCCUCGCAUCCCAAAUGCCCCAGGCUGAGAUGACCGAGAGCAUCUAUUCUGUCACCCCUCUCCCUUCCCAAUUCCCUUACUCUGCUCAAUCACCUGAACCUUGCGGUAAAAUCCGUGUAGGGCAGAAGGUCUACACUAUAAGAAGAAUCAUUUUUGCGAGCCGAGGUCUUGUUGGUCGCGGAACCGUUUGCUAUUUGGCAACUUUAGACGAUGAAGACUACAUAAUAAAAGACCAUUGGGUUGUAGGCAAGGACGACAAUGUAGUCUUGAACGAGAUCAAGAUGCUGGAAUUGAUGGAUGGCCUCCCUGGCGUUCCAAAGCUGGUGGAUCAUUGGAAAGAACGCCGGAGUACCAGGGGCACUAGUCGUACUCAUGUACGUCUUGUCUUGAAGCCAUGUGGUCGCCCCCUUCACAUGUUCCGAACACUGAAGGAGUUUGUGCGGGCACUAAGGGAUAUCGUUAAGAUUCAACAAGCUGCGGUGGAGGAACAUCAGAUUUUGCAUCGGGACUGUAGUCUCAACAACACGAUGAUCCUAGACGAACCUGAAGGUAGUGAAGGGUUUCUUAUUGACUGGGAGUUUGCCGUUCGGAUUGCCUCAGAUCAUAAAUAUCCUAUUGGCGGUACAGGCACAGUCCCUUUCAUGUCACGCGGACUUCUCAAUCAAUAUGCGGUCCUGCAGCAGGAGGCGGACCUGGAAUCGAAGAGGAAGAAGACGGCGAAGAAGAAAGAGACUCGGGGACACAAUUCAGUCGACAAACCAAAAACCCCGAAAUCAUCCUCUGAUUCUCUGGCGCUACCUGUAUCAUACGUCAUCCAAGGCUAUGCGGAUGACCUGGAGUCCCUUUUUUUCGUGUUCGCUUGGGUUUGCAUCAAGUUUUGUGGUCCCAACGGUAUGGUGCGGGAGCGCUUGCCCAAUUCGUUGGUGGAUCGUUGGACCAGCCUUGACCUGGGAUCGUGCGCAGCCUUCAAGAUCACCUUUUUCGCUUAUCCAGGAGAGGAAAAGCGUCUCACAGACCAAUUUCACCCGUACUUCAAGCAGCUGAUCCCCCUCGCAGUAGAGUGGCGUAGAGUUCUGGUGGACAACAUGAUCCACCCCGUUACCUUCGACACCAUUCUCGCUGUACUCAACUCUCAUCUCGACAAACUCCCCGACGACGAGGAGCUCGUAUCUGCUGUGGACAUGCUCAGGAAUGAUGCUGCCAUUCUCACGAAACAUGUUAAGGGCAAACAGAUUGCUUCAGACCCUCCCUCUGUAGUAGCACCCAAGCGGCAAAAGUCUCAUCAUAGUGAUACCGAGUCUGACUCAGCAUCGGGCAGUGACGCAUGA